AUGACGUUGGGUCAGAUUACCGAAGCCGUACAUCUAGAUGCCGGUAGUAUCAUACAUCUGCUCGGUGGCGUUACGCUCGACAGUGAAAAGAGAAUAGCAGGUGCGAAGGCGAUGAUGUUACCGUAUGCCUUGCGUCAUUCGGCCGUGGGCGAAGAUUGGUUGGCUGAGCAGUGGGAGCUGCGACUUGCCGAUUUCUUGCUACAUUACGAUUCCCCUGUGAUCCGUGCCAACUGGUGGACUUACGAAACACUGGCCGCAGAGAGUGCGAGAGAUCGCAAUCCAGUUGAUUAG